GAGUUCUCUGUGAGCUCCCGCCCCUGGCUCUCGCACCUGCAAACAAUCUCCACUCUGGCUCGGGACUUAAGGAGGUGGCUGGAGGCGCCUCGUCGCUGGAUUAUUGUGUAACACUUACUUCUCGCCAGCCUGAGGAUCGCCAUUUGGUUUCUACCCUGACAGAGAUUUGAUGUUCUGGAGGAAAGAUGGAGAAGAGCUCCAUGAAGGUGUGGAUCCUGGAGAGAUCCUCCCCAACAAUGAUGGGACCUUCCAGCUGAAUAUUGAUCUGAAACUUUCAUCAGUCACACCUGAAGACUGGCAGAGAGUACUCAAGAAGAAUGAAAUCCACAUGAAGCAAUUGUAUAAAGUGCCAUUUGAACGAAACAGUGACAGGGUGAAGGAGAUCCGUCACCAGUAUGUGCAGCGUGUACUGGAGCUGGAAGCCAGGGAAACACUGCACACAUUCAUAUAUGUUGAUGAGGCAGGUUUCAAUCUGGCCAAAGGCAGAAGGCGUGGAAGAAAUCGCAUUGGACAGAGGGCAACCACUGAAGUCCCUGGUCAGCGCGGAGGGAAUAUUACCAUGUGUGCAGCCAUCUCAGACAACGGCGUCCUCACCCAUAUCCCCCUUCUUGGUCCAUACAAUACCCAACAUCUCCUGACAUUUUUAGACACUCUUUACAGGGACCUAGUCCCUGAGAAUGAGAGAGGUGGAGGCCAACUCAGCAAGUAUGUUGUUGUCUGGGAUAAUGUCCGUUUUCACCACUCCCAUCAGGUCAGAGAGUGGUUUGCAGCACAUGACAGAAUUCUGGUUGAAUAUCUCCCUCCAUAUUCCCCAUUCCUUAAUCCAAUAGAGGAGUUUUUCUCUGCCUGGAGGUGGAAAGUUUAUGACCGGCAUCCACAUGAGCAAAUGGCCCUGCUAGCAGCCAUGGAUGCAGCAUGUGACGACAUCACAGCAGGGUCCUGCAGAGGAUGGAUUUGCCACUCCAGGAGAUACUUUCCUCGCUGCAUUGCGAGGGAUAACAUCUGUUGUGAUGUAGAUGAAAAUAUGUGGCCAGACAGACAGGAACGUCUGGAUGUGCCGGAAUGAUUUACUGUACUGUUACAUGUGCUGUUUAUUGUUCACAUUAGUGCACAGCUCUACCAAAUGGGUGAUUUUAUGUUUACAUGUAUUCUACAGUGAACAAGUGACUGUAGCAUAUUUUUCUUUUGCACAAUUCUGUAGGAUUACAAACACUUCUACACAAUGGAAAUGUGAAACGUACGUAUUCAGUGUCUCAGUUACUCCCAAGA